ACGAUACAUAUGGUUGACUUGAGUAAACAAAUGGCUCAAAACUCAAUAUAAGAUUGUAUCAUGUUGAUGUUCAUGGGCAUGUAUGGUAGAGGAGAGCUUGAUGAGAGAGAAAGAGAAGAGAGAGAAAGUGGGGAGGGGAUGGAGAGAUCUGCAAUCACUUGCGCAAAUGAAGCUCUCUCUCUCUUAAAACCAGCUCCAGAUGCCCAAAUCACCACCAAGCCUUUCCUUCACGUUUCCAACUCUGUGCUCCAAGUUCUUGAUAAGAUUGGACCUACAAUGGCUGUGAUGAGACAGGAUUUACAUAGAAACGUACAGAGGGUGGAGAAAUUUUACGACACGAAUCCAUCAAUUUACUGUGAUUUAUUUGAAAUUGUUAAAAAAGAAGCUGAAGAAGGAGUAGCAAAAAAGCCCACAAGUUGUACAAGAGCUAUAGUAUGGCUUACAAGGUCUUUGGACUUCGCCGCCUCAUUCCUCGAAAAACUAAUGGAGAAUUCGGAUCAUGAUCUCGUGCAGGUGGUCAAGGAGUCUUAUGAUGCCACAUUAAAGCCAUGGCAUGGCUGGAUCUCAUCAAGGGCCUUUGAGGUGGCUUUGAAGUUGGUUCCUGAUAGGAAAACCUUUCUCAAAACAAUAACAGAAGAUGGAGAGGACAAUGAUGCAGUUAAAGAGAAACUGAAGAACUUGGUUUCAUCCCUCACACCCUUCCUGGAAGAGAUCCAUGCUUUUCUGACAACGUUACGUUUAAACAGGUUAAAAUCUCCAUAAAGAAAAACUACAAGAAUGAGCUCACCUGUGAUUAUGGGUCUCUUUGUACAGCCUCUCUCUCUCUCUCUCUCUCACCUGUGAUAAUGGAUCUCUUUGUACAGCCUCUCUCUCUCUCUCUCUCUCAUAUCAUAGGCAAUACCAUGUACAGUUUAUUAAGUUUCAGUCAUAUAUGUACGGUAAUAUGGUUAGCAAUGUACAGAAAUGUAAAAAUUUUCAAACUAGGUGCAUGUUUUGAUCCCAACCAAGAGAUUGCAUACACAGUUUUGAUCCUUUAAAAUUGUUCUUUUCAUACUUGUUUUAAAUUUUAUCAUGUGUUCGGAAAUCUUGCAUCAUGUAGAAUUAAGAGUUUAACACUAACAAGCUUAAACCUGCCAUAGCUAUCAUAGUUUAAUGGUUCGAGUUCUGAAUUUUCAGACUACGUAGACUAAGUAGUAGAUCAUAAUAUGGCUGUUUUUAGUUAUGCUUAUAAAGUUUAACAAAAAUAAAAAUAAAAAAAAUUCAACAUACAUCUCGAUAUUUUGUUGACUUCAUCGAAAAAAUAAAUUUUUAGCAAACUUAUGA